UCUUCCAGCUUUAACCCAGCAACAAAGCUCUGCGUCGUGUUGUGACCUUGGCUUUCGGCAGAAUGGGCUCCUUGCGUAGCACUUUCUCACUUUCAUUUCAUUUCAGACUUCAGCUUGCCUACUGCCUGGGCUUCUGGAUUCUUCUUCACCGUCCCAAUGGCCUACCAUUUCUCUGACCCGUUCGAUUUAUCUCUCUUUGGUCUGUUCUCGGCCUGAAGCCCACAUGCACGUUUGCAAAUUCAUCGAUUCAUCGUCAAGUCACUCUAGGGCACCCAUAACUGCGAUUUUCUACCUUCUUACUCUCUGCGAAUAUCGCGAAUCUCUGCUACGGUCACACUUCUCAAUCUACCACUUUGCCUACUAUGCCUCCCGUCCAGGAAGACCAUAGGCAUCACAUGUCGUAUGUGCCAGCCUUGGAAGGCGAAAACAACUUGGACGAGUGGAAGAGAAAUGUCAUACGGGCCCUCACUUCUAGAGGACUGAUUCACGUCCUCGAGGGUGUCCAACACGACCAAGAGAGCAGUCAGGAUGAGGUGGAAUGCAGCAGCUCCUCGGCACCCGAGGUCUCGGUCGAGAUUUGUACCGUGAGCUCUUUUGAUGCAAAUGACUACUUUGAAGUUUCCCGACCGCUAUCGUUCGGAACGACUUCUGACACGGAGUGUUAUGUUUGCACCAACGAUCAUCCCAGCCAGUCACACACGAACAGCAACGUCGAUGCCGCCAGCGACAUGUCGGCUAGGCAAGAGAAGCAGCGCAGCAUGGAGCGCAGCGAGGCCGUCUUGCUCAUGUCGCAGUCGUUGGUGGGUGUGCACGAGUGGUUGGUCCUCCACGGCUUCGACGCGAGCGAGGAGAACCCGGCGCGAUACUUUCAGGCCGUCCAGGACGUCUUUACACAACUGUCCACCUGGACCGAGGAUAGUACAAAGGAAGAGCUUAUGAAGAUCCAGCCGGAUCCCUUCAAGCCGAUCGAGGCUUAUCAGCAGCGUCUUUCUUUUCUGCGUAACCGCUAUCUCAGAGCCGGGGGUUUCUGGUCACGUGACGAUCGCGAGCGUGAAGUCUUGUGGUGGGCCAUCGAGGGCAUCAAAGCCUGGAGCACGACGCUACAUGCAAGGCUCACCCGGGACAUGAUGGAGGCACCUGGCAGUGGUCAGAGGUUGACCUGGCCCCGGCUGAUGCAGCAGCUCGCCUUCAUCCAUGAGUGCGACAGGUACGAUUAUAUCCUCGGGCCUGAAGCCACGGAUGGCCAGUCCAGGAUCAUGAUCAAAAAAUGCUACCGCUAGCGGAGGUUGAUACUUUAGACUUCUGAUGAAGCCUACAGUGUGUUAUUUCCGCUGGCAUACGGACGGGGCAUUAUUUGAGCGGUGCGGUGUUAUUUUAAAAAGGGGAUAUACUGAGAGGAAUAUAUAUUGGUGCUGGCAUCAUGGCACUCAACGAAUGCAAAUGACCGUCAGUAUCAAGUCUUGAUAUAGCGCAUUUUGACUCUACGAAGGGACAGCGGAGGAUCUGUGGCCAAUUUUGAUGCCUCUUGCGAUUAGUUUUGAUAGUCAUGGCUAGCCUGGUAGAAGGAAGAGACUACUCGGUUCUCUCCGCAAUACCAAUCCCUGCGGGAAUAUCAUUGAUACCUGCUUUAUUAUGUUCUCUAAAAAGAAAAAAAAAUCUGACACAGAUUUCCCGC